AUGGCCGAGCUGCUCGCCGAGCGCCGUCUCUCUAUGAUUGACUGGCUUCGAGAUGACGAUGAUGUUGUGAUGAUGAUGAUGGUGCGUGACGACGUCGUCGGGGACGGCGGCGAUGGAGACGACGGGACAACAACGGUAGACAGUUGGAGAAAUCAGUCGGGCCGGUGGAUCCGUGCUGGCGGGGCAGGCAGCGGCUGUCCGUUUCGUCGCAUCAACUUCAUCAAAGUGGAGCCGCGCGUACCAGGAUGCAAGGAAGCGCAGGAGUUCUUCUGCGAGGAUUCGAAGACACACAAAAAAAGAGAAGGAAAGGCGAUGACGUCAGACGUUGAGGAGCGCGGGAAUGGUGGAGAAGAGGUGGCGUCCUUCAAGGACCUUGCGGCUCACUGAACCUUACUUACUUACCAUUAAAGCCGAUGAUGAGCUCGCGCUUUGCGAGAAGGAGACGCGCGCGGCAACGCACCCUUCUUGCAAAUUGAAAAAUAAAAGACUUCUGUUACGCAUCAAACGCAUAAAAAGAGAGAAACAAAAGGAAGGAAGUCGAAUACCGAGAGGACGAUUGCAUUUGACUUCAGUAUUCCGAUGAAUCGGCGAGGAAGAAAUCCUCCAAUAAAGCAAACUAAAACUACAGGAAU